CAUGUCUUAUUUAGGCAACACUUCCGACUUAGAAAGCGAAAAGAUGGAUUUCGGUAGAAAUCGUAAAAUAAAUAUUGUUUCUAAAUUACAAGCUCAUAAAAUAUCGAGUGAACCAAAGUGGUCAAAUAAACACGAGGAUGAUUCCGACUCAGUUUCUACAAAUGAGAACUUUUUAACUAAAGGUGCAUUCCUCUUAACACCGUCGUAUGAAUUGUCAAUGGAACGAGCUGCAUUAAUAUGUGAAAAGAUGAGUUUUAAAGGCUGCUUUAGUUUAACGAAAACAGCAAGUGGAAUUCUUUUCAAGUUUUCACAUCCUGACGAUUACCAAGCAGUUUACAAAAAGGGAUUCCACAAAGUUACUGGAGCUAGAUUUUAUCGAAAGAUUGCUAUACCCUGUCGUCCACGGAAAACUUUUACACUUUACGUUUUAGAUGUUCCUGAAGAUUUGCCAGUGGAAGACAUACGACAUGCAUUAUACAAAUUUGAUUCCGUAGUGGAGGUAGUCAGACUUCAUAAAUACCAGCAAUCAACUCCUCCUACACAUUUGUCGGAAAAAACAGUAGAUGCUUCUUCAUCCGCACCAAAAUCAGAUGGAGCUGAUAAAAUAGAUCGUGUGGAAAAAAAAGAAUUGCCUCCAGCUGUUAUUCGAGUAACGCUUGCUUCACUAGACGAAUAUAAUAUUCUAUUGCAAAACGGUCUUAAUUUUUACGAUGCUACUUUUUUCCCAACAGAAACAAAUAUUUCGUUGAAAGGUGCUAAAAUAGAAUAUAAAAGAAGAAUGUUAGAUGGAAGCAUCCCUGGUCGUGUGCGUGAGCUACUCCCUGUUUUUGACGCUGCUGGGUUUUGUAAACUCACACCGCCUAUUAGCAAAUUAAUAAAACCACCAAGAUCAUAAGUUUACCUCACUAUGCAUCAAUGAAAUCAAUACUGUCAGAAGUAAUUUAUGUGCUGAAUAAUUAAUACUACAUAAAAUACAAAUAUGGUGGUAAUUGUUCUACUACUUUUUCAAACUUUGUACAUAACAUGUAAACUUAAAUAAUAUUUUAUGAAAUGUCAUUUUUUUAUUUGAACACUCUCCUUAUACAUACAUACAUACCAAAGUAUAUUUAUACAAGUACAUGCAACUCUACAACAAAUCAACAAUAAAAAAAACAACAUUAAUUUUGUUUGUGUAAAAACUGGUGAUAUUGUCAAAAACUGUUGACAAACAUAGAAAGAAAAACAACAAAGUAAAAAAAUUUGACAAUCUCACAAGUAUUUACAAAGGAAAAUGAAAUAAACAGCUGAUCACUUGCAUGUACUUGUAUAAAUAUACUUUGAUACAUACAUACAUACUUACAUACAUACAUACAUACAUACAUACAUACAUACAUACA